AUGCCGGUGUGGCUGCGCGACUACAGCUGGCGGCAGAGCCCCUCGGCGGUCUACGUGGCCCUGCCCGGCAGCAGGGACGCCCCGCGCCUCCCCGGCCGCCCGGACGUCUUCUGCGCCGGCCGCUACCUCAAGGUGAGCGCGCCGCCCUUCCUCUUCGAGGCCUUCCUGUGGGCGCCGGUGGACGAGGCCCGCAGCACCGCCCGGCUGGAGGAUGGCGCCCUGCUGCUGGCGCUGCGCAAGAGAGAGGCCGCGCCCUGGGAGGCCCUGCUCGACCCCGGCCUGGACAAGGGGGAGAGGCAGAGGAUCCGCGAGGAGGCCGUGCUCCAGGCCCACAAGAAGGCGAAAGAAGACGCCGAGGCCAAAGCCGCUCGGAAGCAGGAGCGGUCCAGGUGCGCCGUGCAGGCCACAAUCCAGCUGGAAGAAGCAGACAGAAAAAGGAUAGAUGACCUGAAAGAAGAGGAGCGGAAAAAAGCCACCAAAGAGAUUGAGAAGUGGAAGGAAAAAAAUGAAAAGCAAAAUAAGCCACAAGAAAGGGUCCCCUUGCAACCGACUGGAAAAAUCCAAGAGAAAACUCUGAUCAGAUCUCAGAGUAAAGGAGCAGCCAAGACAGCAAGCGGAAUGCAGUGGGGAGCUGGCAGUUCGGAAAAUAUGUUUUCUGAGAAGUUAAAGGAAGAGUCAGUUCCUUCUCCGCGGCGUGCUGGCAGCAUACAGCUGAGUUUCACACCCCGGGUCUUCCCUACAGCUCUCCGAGAAUCCAGGGUUGAAGAAGAGGAGGAGUGGCUGCGGAAACAAGCAGAGGCUCGGAGGGCAAUCAAUACGGAUCUUGCUGAGCUGGAGGAUCUGUCCGAAGAGGAGAAAAAUCCAGACUGGCUGAAGGACAAGGGCAACAAAAUGUUUGCCACAGGCAAUUACCUUGCAGCGAUCAGUGCCUAUAAUUUGGCCGUUCGUAUCAACAACAAGAUUCCUGCCCUGUACUUGAAUCGAGCCGCUUGCCACUUGAGGCUGAGGAAUCUGCACAAGGCCAUUGAAGAUGCCUCCAAGGCCCUGGAUUUGUUAACUCCACCUGUUCCAGACAACGCUAAUGCCAGAGUGAAAGCUCACGUCAGACGAGGGACAGCGUUCUGUGAGCUGGAACUGUAUGCUGAAGGUCUGCAAGAUUACAUGGCUGCUCUCAAGAUUGAACCCACAAAUAACAGCAUCGCAGAGGAUGCAGAGAAGAUUCGAGGUAUAAUCCAAGAAACGGGAUGAUCCCGAAAGGACCCCCUGGCCUGGGGGAGCAGCUGUCGCCUGGAGGCCUUAUGAGGCAGCCCUGAUGCUGCUCAACAGAGGGAAGUCUCUCUUUCUUGGGCAGUAUUUUGGUACAGCAUUGCUGGGGUAAAAAGUCAGAUAUUUUCUUGUUCUCAUCUUGAAUAGUAAGGACACCAUUUGAGGUUCUUAUUUUGUAAAUAUGUUUUCUUUGUAUAAAAUGCUUCCUUAAAUAACAUGACUACGUAAGUUUUCUAAUUUAAUCUUUUGCUCAAUAAAGUAGAAAGAAACCUAA